GAAAAAGGGAAUUGCACCCUUUGUUGAGGAGGAGGGACGUGGACUGAAAGUUGCUGCUCGCCUGCAAACAGGAACCUAGAAAGUAGCUCUAGAGGAAAUGUCAGCCGGGGAGGAUUUCUUUGCGGGCAUCCCCAGGAUCCCAUAUGUCCCCAGUGCUGGGCCAGGAGACGUCCUGUGUUUCAAACAGUACAAUGCAGAGGAGGUGCUGAUGGGACGCACCAUGGAGGACUGGUUGAGGUUCUCAGUCUGUUACUGGCACUCCUUCUGUGGAACUGGUGCGGAUCCUUUUGGCUUUCAGACGCUCCACCGGCCCUGGAAUGAAGGGACUCCUAUGGAAGCAGCCAAGAGGCGACUCUGUGCUGCUUUUGAGUUUUUCACCAAGCUUGGUGUUAAAUAUUACACAUUUCAUGACAGAGACAUGGCCCCUGAGGGCUCCACUCUGCAGGAGUCCAACAGGAAUCUGGAUGAAAUCACAGACAUGGCCCUCCAGCUGCAGAACCAGACUGGAGUCAAGGUGCUCUGGGUCACUUGCAACCUCUUCGCCCACCCAAGGUAUAUGAACGGUGCAGCCACCAACCCUGACUGUCAUGUUCUGGCCUACGCUGGUGCUCAGGUGAAGAAGGGACUGGAUAUCGCCAAGAAGCUUGGUGCAGAGAAUUUUGUGUUCUGGGGAGGAAGAGAAGGUUUUCUUUCCAUCCAUAAUACGGAUGUUGCUGCUGAGCUGAAGCACAUGGCCAACUUCUUCAAAAUGGCUGUUAAGUACAAAGAGCAGAUUGGGUUAAAGUGUCAGUUUCUAAUUGAACCAAAGCCCAAGGAGCCCUGCAAACACCAGUAUGAUUAUGAUGCCAUGAGUGUUAUAGGAUUCCUGAAGCAUUAUGGUCUGGAGAGUCACUUCAAGUUGAAUAUUGAGCCCAACCACACCACCCUUGCAGGACACUCCUACGAACAUGACGUUGUCGUGGCUUCUGCGUUUGGCAUGCUGGGUUCGGUUGACGCAAACACUGGCUCUCCAGACCUGGGGUGGGACACAGAUCAGUUCCCCAUGGACAUCAGGAACACCACCUUGGUCAUGAAGACCAUCAUUGAACAAGGUGGUCUCCAGCCAGGAGGCCUCAACUUUGAUGCUAAGGUGCGCAGAGAGUCCACAGACCUGGAAGACCUGUUCAUAGCUCACAUUGGAGCCAUGGACACCUUUGCAAGAGGACUCAGGAACGCUGUUCGCAUCAUUGAGGAUGGAAUUAUCACUGGUAUGGUGAAGGAGCGAUACUCAAGCUUCAGUCAGGGCCUUGGUCAGAAAGUGGAGGAUGGUUCUGCCACCUUUGAGGAGAUGGAGGCCUUCAUCAAGCAGAAUGGAGAACCCAGAGUCACAUCAGGAAAGCAAGAAAAAUAUGAAUCCAUCUUUAAUCACUACAUUUAAUAAAAACUUGACCCUCCUGUGUGUGUAACUGACCUUUGACCUGAAAUAUAAGCUGUGCUACCCAGGUGCUUGGUGAUGAAGCACUGUAGAGCAGAUCAAACACAAAGUUUAAAACGUAGAGCAUGUGAUUCAUCCCACUGGGAUUAAUGGUUAUUCUACUGAAUACAUGCGGAUGUUUCACCAACUAACACUGUGUGUAGUUGAAUCUGAUCAUGAUUCAGACAGUCUGACUAAUGGACUAAUUCAAUAUAACAUUUUAAAUAUGUAAUUCAAACCGUAUCACUAGUAAUAUAAAAAUGUCACCUGCCCCAUGAUGUAACAAGGCUGUGUUCAUAUUAACUAUUGACUAAUGUUGAAACAUCUCACAGUUGAAAUACAUCAACAGCCUGAAACGUUAUGGGUUCACAUCCUUGAUACUUGAACACACUAUAAGAAAAUGUAUCUUAUUUGCAUUGCAUCAUAUUAACAAAUAUUAAGACACAUUUUUGCUUUUACUAAAACUGAUGUAACAAGAAAGUAAGAAAAGAAAGAAAAACUUUGCCACAUGUAAUUGAAAUGUGUUGUUUAAGUAUGUAUUAAAAUACCCUAUUUACUGCA